CAUUGCAAAAAUGAAAAAUCCAACGUAAGUAUCAAAGGAAGAACCUGGUGAGUUGAAAAAAAGUGAAAAACAGAGUCCCAAACACACUGUGGAAUUCGAAUUUGGGGAGUUUGCAAUGUUGAGAACCCUGUUGGCGGCACGCAGUUCUCUGAGAUCUUCCAGAAAGAUCCUAACUUCACUCUCUUCACCUCCUUUCAAAUGCUGGGCACCUUCUUACUCUUCGAAGCAGGGAAGCGACGAUGCGCACGAAACGGUGUCGUUUUUGUUGAAGGACACCGCCCUGCGUUCGAGGCCUCCGAGGUUGCUGGUUGUUCAGCCUCGACUUCGCCCCGACAGGCUCCUUCAGGCGAAGCUCAACGAAGCUCUGUGCCUCGCGAACUCGCUCGAAGAACAGAGAGAUGGGUACUUCCUCACCGAUUUCUUCGAUAAAGAGUUGCCGCCACACAUCGUUGUUCAAAACCCUUCCAUGAAAGGCCACAAGGCUCGUGCAGAUGCAUAUUUUGGUCCCGGAACAGUGCAUAACAUCAAAUGCCAUCUAAAUAAUGCAGAGUCCAAGGGUGAAGUGGAUGCUGUUUUUGUUAAUGCUAUACUGUCUGGGGUUCAGCAACGGAAUCUUGAGACGGCUUGGGAUAAACCUGUGCUCGAUCGUGUUGGUCUUAUAAUUGAGAUAUUCAAUGCUCAUGCCUUUACAAAAGAAGCAAAACUGCAGGCUGAACUUGCAGCUCUAACAUAUAAGAAGUCGAGACUUGUUCGUGUUCGUGGUCCAGGUGGACGCUAUACAUUUGGAGCUGCUGGAGAUGCUGAAGUUGUGAGCGCCAGGGGGAGAGGAAGUGGUGGACAAGGCUUUAUGAGUGGUGCUGGAGAAACUGAACUUCAGCUUCAGCGACGAAGAAUCUUAGAAAGGAGAAAUUAUCUAUUAUCACAAAUUGAGGAGGUUCGCCGUACCCGAGCAAUACAACGUGCUGGUCGCAAGAGGCAUGGAGGUUCAUUUGGACAAGGCUUAGCUACUGUUGCUGUUGUUGGGUAUACAAAUGCUGGGAAAUCUACACUAGUUAGUGAGCUAUCAAACAGUGAUCUCUACAGUGAUUGUCGAUUGUUUGCAACAGUGGAUCCUAGAUUAAGAAGUGCUGUUCUGCCUUCGGGGAGGAAAAUGCUUUUUAGCGACACAGUAGGAUUUAUAUCCGAUUUGCCUAUACAGUUGGUGGAAGCAUUUCAUGCAACUUUAGAAGAAGUGGUGGAAGCAGACCUGCUUGUGCAUGUGGUGGAUUCAAGUGCUCCCAAUCUUGAUGAGCAUCGGUCAACAGUUUUUCAAGUUCUUCAACAAAUAGGGGUAUCAGAAGAGAAGCUUCUGAAUAUGAUUGAAGUUUGGAAUAAGAUUGAUAUUGAAGAAGAGUGCACAGAUGCUGACGAAGCCGACAAAUAUCUUGAUGAAGAUGAAGAGUCUGAUGUAAAAUCCAUGGCAACAGAAUCUGAGACGGAUGUUUGCGAGCAAUCAAGGGGAGAAUAUGAGGCCAUGGAAGAAAAAGAAAACUACUCUGAUGGUUGGUUAUACGACGAGGAUACUAUGGUCGACGAAAGUGAUUUCUGUUCGCCUUCAAAUGCAGAUGACCAACAAAAUGAGCAGCCUAACAAGAACAAGAUCUCGGAAACAGAUAGCUUGAUAGGACAGAACGGUCCACACGUCAAAACAUCUGCGGUGACCGGAGUUGGUCUACAAGAGUUGCUAGAACUAAUAGAUGAGAAACUAAGUGCACAGGAUGAUGAGAAGUUGAAGGGUGCAAAAAUGGUGGAAAGAAAUAUCUUUGAAAGAAAGUGGAGACCCUCACAUACACAGGAGGAUUCUACCAUAGCAGCUGAACAAUAGGAUACUAUAGCAUGCUCCAUCCUCAGUCAUCAAUCAUGAAUGUAGUUUGUUUUAAUGAAGAGAAGAGCAAACAUGUUUUCCUUCAUUCAUAGUGUGUUGAACUGAUUUUCUGCCUAAAUGAAUGAAUGAGUGUAUUACAUACAAUCAGAAAUAAUCAUGUACCUGUUGGACAGAUUGUUGCAUAGAAA